AUGAACCGUCAUAACAGUAGAACAGUGCUCAAUACAAACAAACUCACUCAAAGUGGUGUACAAAGUUUAGUUGAACAAAAAUCUCAUUCACUUGUUUUAAAAAUUGAGAAAAAUGGUGUUAUGUUAGAAAAUAAUAUACAUUAUGGAUAUAAUGGGACAACAAAAAUCAUGUACAAUAUGAUUAGAAAUGGAAAACCGGGAAUGUUGUCAUCUCAAUUUCAUCUUCCACCAUAUAAUUAUUAUUCAUUGUAUUGCUCAAAAACAUUUGUUAAUGUGAUUAACAAGCAUCUACAAAAAACUCAAAGCAACCGUUAUCAGAACAACAGACAUUUACACUCCUACGUUCAUAAAACGCCAAGGAACAAAUAUUUGUCGAAUAGUAAAUAUAAUGAUAGCACCGAUGUAAUGUACAAAACAGAAUCUUAUCUUAAACACCGUGAUUCAAUCAAGUAUUAUCAACAAUCAAUCUAUAGUGGUUCAUCUGAUGAUGAUGAUGAUGAUGAUGUUGAUGAUGAUGGCAGUGGUGAUGAUGAUGAAGAUAAAGUGUUCCCAUGUUUUACUAGAAAUAUCAAUAAUCCCACUAAAGAAGAUGAUGAACUUGAACGCACUUUGUCGUCCGUUGAAUCCAUUCAUGCUUCAUUAAAUAAAUGUUUAUUAUUAUCAUAUGAUAAAGUGUUUCCAUUUCAAUAUUCAGAUAAUAACAAUUUAAUGGGACUAUUUUGUGCCAAUAAUCAUAGUGAAUAUAGGAGUGAUGAUGAUGAUAGCAGUGUAACAUCGCAAAUUGAUAAACAAAAUGAUCUAACAACUCAAAUGUCAAGUUUAUUUGAAAAUCGCUUUUCCGAUACGGACAAUGAUGAACUUGAUUGCGAUGAUACGGUACAUCAAGAACAAGAUGAUCAACUUCAAUGGCAUCAUAAUUAUCAGAAUAAUGAUGAAGAUUUAAAAACACUAUUAAAUGAUUAUCUAGUAGAAGACAAACAAAAUUUAACUAAACUUGAAAAACGUCAUGGUGACGGAUGUGAUAGUGGCUAUUCUUCCCAAAAUUUUUCCAUUUAUAAUCAUAUUGAAAAUGAACCAGAAAUAGAAGCCAAUAAACCCCCAUCUAGAUCAAGAACAAGUGCGUGUUCACCUAGACGUCAAUAUCCGUUCAAAAAAUUGAAAUAUACAAGAAUGUCUUUAGAAGAAAUUACUCAACGAUUAAGGAUAACAAAUGCAAAUAAAUUUUCUAAGCAAAUGACUGUUGAUUAA